AUGCUAGUGCUGUCGUUGGCAGACAUAACAUUCGAUGAUGACAUUGUGUUUGUCAAAUCUGCUACUUGCGAUAUAUUUGGUAACGUUGACGUACUUAAAUUAGGGAUAUGUAUUAGAAUAGUAAUAAUCAGUAAAGGCUUGGUUCCAAAAAUCGUUUUAGAGACUGUCCUAGAGACCUGCGUUGUAUAUCCCUUCAAUAAAUGA